AUGCCGGCUGCCCCCGCCGCGCCUACUGCAACCCCCAUCCCGCCACCCGUUGCCCCUCCCGCCGCUGCUCCUCCCGCUCAGGCCCAGCCUGCGGCGACGGAAGACGCUGCUGCUGCUCCUCAACCUCCUCCGGCCAAAAAGAGCCGGACGAAUACUCCAUGGACCCCGGCAGAGGAGCUUCGCCUGAAGCAGAUGAGAGAUGCCGGCAGCAGCUGGGCCGAGAUUGCCAAGACUUUCCCCACUCGUACUGAGGGCAGUGUCAAGAAGCAUUGGUACAAGGAUAUGCACUACGCCGAGUUCGCGGAAGACGAGAGCCAAGCCCUCCUCAACGCCAUCAAGGAGUACGAAAACAACAAGUGGAAGGUCAUCGGGCAAAAGGUCGGCAAGCCCGCCAAGGCUUGCGAACAGUACGCCAAGGAGCACUUUCCCGACCUCUACGCCAAGCCGACCAACCGGUAG